GGCGGGUGCAACAUUUUGAGAAGUUGAACGCACUCACUUGUGCUUGAUGUUCGAGAACAAUUAUUGCUUUUACUUGAGCGUUUUGGGAAGAUAGUGUGAGCUAUUGUUACACCAUUUUGCGACAUAAUUAUUAAUAAUAGCAAUUUAAUAUGGCAUCAGCUCCAUGGAGCAACCCACUAAUGCCUUAUCACCACACCAGGAGAUAUGUGGGCAAAGUAAAAGCAGUUAUCUUUGACUGGGCGGGAACGGUCGUUGACUGUGGAGUCUUCGCUCCGGCCUACACCUUUGUUGAAAUCUUCAAGGGUGAAGGAGUGGCCAUCACGGAUGAGGAGGCAAGGGGACCGAUGGGGACUCAUAAGAAAGUUCAUAUUCAGAAAGUGCUGGAGCUCUCGUCUGUCCGCAAACGUUGGAUGGAAGCACACGACGGAAAGCCACCCACAGAGGAUGACAUUGAGUCCAUGUACAAGAAAUUUGUUCCACUCCAGCGACAGGUUCUGAAGAACCAUGGCGACAUGAUAGAAGGGGUUGUGACAGUAGUGAAUCAUCUUCGACUUCACUGCGGUUUGAAGAUCGGUUCCUGUACCGGGUUCACCUCCCCCAUCAUGGCCGACCUGAAGGAGAUCGCAGCAAGUCAGGGUUUCAUCCCAGACGUCAUCGUGACCGCAGAUCUUGUACCCCAGGCCAGACCCUGCCCUCACAUGGUGUGGUUGAAUGCCAUCAAGCUUGACGUGCACCCCAUUGAAGCCAUCAUAAAGGUUGACGAUACCGUUGAUGGAAUCAGGGAAGGACUGGCUGCUGGAUGUUGGACAGUCGGAGUGGCAAAAACUGGUAACUAUAUGGCUGCCAGUGAGAAGCAAAUGGCGGACAUGGACACUGUCGAGUACGCACGCCGUCUGAAGAACGCCUACAACAUUUUAGCGGAAUGCGGGUGUCACUACGUCAUUGAUAGCGUGAAAGACCUGCCUCCUGUCAUUGACGACAUCAAUCGGAAAAUGGCUUCCGGGGAAAGACCAUAAGCUGCUAAAGCCAGCUAAGCAGAAAACAAUUUGGUAAAUGGGAAAACAGUGCCAGCCAGGGACAGAUUUCAUAGCGCUGCUAAGCAGAAAAUAUUGCGAUGCAAAUUUCUUUGGUAGUGAAAAAUGAGUGGAGAACCAGUUGCAACAUUGUAAAAUGUAUGGAUUUUUGGUUGGUAACCAGUUUCUGUUAAGCAAGAUUUGUCUGUGGUUAGCAAGUUUUUUACUGACUGGUUGUAUGAAAUUAGGCCCUGGAUUAAGUAAUGCUAUUUUCCUACCAAUGCAAGCACAAAUUACCCAUUAAAAGCUUUGUGAAAUUGUGCCCAGAAUACCCUGUUGUUUGCUUUUCGAUUUUCUCAUGAUCAGAAUUUGUUUAAAUUGUUUUCUGCUUCUUAAAAUAAGCAAUAUUUGCUUCUUCAUGGGCUUGGAUCUCUGAGUUAGUUAUUUUUUUAUUUGAAAGCUGAUUUAAUUUGGGAUAGUGUGCUUUUAGAGAUGAUUAUUAAUAAUUUUAUGAGGUGUAGCAAGAAGACAAUUACCAGGGGCACAAGGUGAGGUGUUGCAUAUUACUGCCAGUAACACAGGGCAAGCUUUCUCUCCUAAUGUCAUGACACACAGGACCCAAGGCUUUACGUCCCAUCCAAAGGGCCGGGCACUUAUGACUAGAAGUGUCUCGAUCAGGGACACAGGUGCCAUGAAUAGGACCCGAAUCCACAAAUUGGAAUUUGUCCAUCAUGGGCAACAAUUGAUGGCCAAAUAUGAGUACAACUCAAAGCAGGUAUGUGGUAUUUUAUUGUGAAAAUUAAUUUUGUGACUUUUUUAAUUUGAUUUUUUUAUCAUUUUCUGAAAUAUUUUAUAGACCAAAGCUCUAUCCAAUUUUACCACUGUUAUAAUUUGUAUGGAAAAAAUAUUAUGUACUUGGGUAAUUUAAAUGAAAAGAAUAUAUAUAUUUGAUAAAUU